AUGGCAGCUUGGUAUUUCAAUGUUUCUCUCAAAGAAAUAAAAGAAACUGUGCUGCAAGGUGACAUAAAAAAUCGCUUUGUUAUAUGAAAAAUUCUUCUUGGAGUCCUUCAAGGCUCGCCUUCCGAUUGGGUUUCCAAUAAUUUAAAACUUCGGGAAGAGUAUAAUCACAUGAAAUCGACCCUCACCCCUUCAAUAAAUCUAAAGCAAGAAGGGACAAUAAAUAAUCCUUUAUCGACAAGCACAGAUGUAAAUUACAAUUAGAGUCCUUGAUAUACUCAUUUUAAAUACCAAGAAGUAAGAAGAGUUAUAAGAAUUGAUGUUGACAGAACAUAUCAAAAGUAUCAAAUUUUCCAGGAUGAGCACAAUAAAAAUCUAUUGGAAAAUAUUCCAUAAUGAAAAUAUAUUAAUAAAACGCAAUUUAGAUUUCAUAUAUAUACUUAUUGUCGAUUUCAAUAGAGAAUUGUAUAUUUUAUUUGUAUGAAGCGCAACACACCCUAUAGGAUAUAACCAAGGACUUAAUGAAAUUUGUGCUGUUAUAAUGUAUGCAGUUUUAAAUGAUUCUGAAACUGAAGAUGGGCUCACAAGCUGAGAGUAUAUAGAGGCAGAUUGUUAUUGAAUAUUUAGCAAAAUAAUGGAACUUAGUGUAGAGGAAUUAUUUGUGCAUGACGCUGAGCUUACAAAAACAGGCCCCAAUACGCUUGAUGAAUCGGCAUGCUAUGAUAGGUCUAUUUUAAGAGAGACUCCAGAGAUGGUUAGAAGAAGCCAUUAUAUUUUUCAUAGAAUUCUAACUUCCCAGAAAUAAGAUUUUUUGCUUAUUCGUGGGUUUUUUUAAAUAGUAAAUUUAAUAUGAAUGGAUAUUAUUGGAAAAUAAGAAUUUUUGGCAUUUCCCCUCAAUAAUAAGCAAUUUUCGAUUUAAUCAUAUUUAAAUUUACUAUAUGAAAAUUUUUGCAAUAACUCCUACGAAUAAACUAGAAAUUGCUUAUUACUGGGGGAGUAAGCGCCACAGACCCAACUCUCUAUACACAUAUACAAAAAAGCAAAUAUGAUCCUCAACUUUUCUUUGUAAGAUGGCUCAGGUGUUUAUUAUCACGAGAAUUCACACUCAGCCAAACUCUUUUAGUUUGAGAUAAAAUGUUUGCUUGCCAUAACAUAAACAAUAGGGAAUUAGAACUUUUAAAUUAUAUAUGUGCAGCAAUGCUUUCAGCUGACAGAGAAAAUUGUAAUAAAUUAUACAGUACUACAAACCCCAUGUGCUGAUUUAUUAGAAGCAUUAAUGAAUCCUUUACUCUAACCCUUAAGCUGAAAAAAUGAUUUCAAUCCCAUUUAAUUUUUUGAAAAAAAAUUAUAUGUAAAUUUUCACAGUCAAAAUUUAAAAAAAAAUUAAAUUGAAAAACUUAAUUGAUUCAAAGUGCCAACCCUGCUCAAACAGUUUUUAAUUUACCCUAGAAUAAAAUAUAGGGUAAAUUUUGAUUUCUGGGACAUUAAUUAGGUAUAAAGAUAUUUUCAUAGAAUUAUUUAUUUUUAACUAUUAAAAUCAAAAUUUUAUUCAAUUUAAGAGGCUAAAUUUCCCAAAAAAUCAAGUUUUUACUGAUAUUUGUUCAAUUUAAAAAGGGGUUAUGUUAAGUUAUUUAAAGCCAGGCGCUAGAGGUAUUGGUGACACAGUUACCAAAGACCUCCCGUACGGAAGGUUUCUAACGCUUUUCGACUCCAGCCCAGAGGGUCUAUCUCGCGAAAACGGGUUCCACUUCCAGUACCUUCUGUCUCCUCCUUGCGGCUUCAGUCUUUAGUGCUUAUGGAUUUCUGCGGCCCUGCUACAAGCGAUUGGAGUAGCUUGAUUCCAUGGAUCAACUCCUUGGAGUCUAUCGGGUGCCGAAGUGCCUUCCUUCGGCAGGAACAGGAAAAGACGAUUCCCCUGCGGCUUUGGCCGAAACCCCAGUCUCUCGGUAGAGGAAUGCCCAUGGUUCCUUGGAUCCAAAGGACGUUGUUGAGUAACUCUAUUUCCAACAACAGGAAAGCAGCCAAAACCUACCCGGAUGCACAUCUCUUGAGCCUGCACUUGAUUCUCGACUUGGAGUCCGUCCAGUUAUCCGUAGCCACAAGGUCCUGUUGCGCCAUGAGGGCAGUUAGACACGUGUCGCCAUUUUAAUGUAUAUAAUUUAAAAAAGGGGAGCUAGUGAUAAAUGAUAUUUCUCUUGUAUUAAAUCAAGCUAUAAGCUAUUUUGAAGAGCAAGUGGAUAAGAAAAAUUCAUUUUUAAAUAAAUGGAGCGGGGAAUCUGGAAUCCUGACAAAUUCCUUGAAAAUGCUUUAUAAGAUGGUAUCUAGUAAAACUGAGUAUUUAAGAAAAAAACCAAAGAAAAAAGAAGUUACACUGGAGAGUAUGCUGCUAUAUGUAAGUCAGUCAAAACAGAUGAUAGAAGAACAAAUAAAAAUGUAAAAAAUAUACAGACAAUGCUUAGAUAGAUAUAAAAUUAAGAAAACAAUCAAAAAAAUGAAAUAUUUGCUGGAAUUUUCUGGUUCUCAAGAGAAAUUAAAUUAA